ACAUAUUCCAAGUUAUACAUAAAGAAGAAAACAAAAUACAUGUAUCUUAAGGUAACGGGGAACAUAUAUAUAUUUGGCUUUAUGCAUUAACUAGAUUAAUUUGAAUGUUUAGUAGUUGUAUUCCUGCCUUGACUUUUGGAUCUACAUAACGCAUAUCUUUCAGCAGCAUAUUGCAGGACUCAAAGCGUAUUCAAAAACUGGUCUGUAAUAUCCACUUGGUGUCGUUGCAGUACAACAUUCCUGAUUUAGACUGACCCUAGACUGUCUUUCAUCAAAUCUUUUGUUUGCUGCUGCACAGCGGAUGGUGGAUCGGAUGGAAGAACAGUAAAUUGAAGCAAUCCUAGCCCACAGUCUGAAUUAGAAAAUUAAUCCAUGGACUAAAAAAACAGGAAAACGUAAUAUGCUGAGAAAUAAUGGCGACCUGGAGCCCAUCGAAUGACCGCAGUUGGCCUGUUUUUCUUUUACACCUUCUACUGAUUUUCGCGAAGCAGGCUGCGGCUGAACUGAGGUACUCCGUUCCGGAGGAGGUGAAGGAGGGAACCGUCGUUGGAAAUAUUGCCAAGGAUCUUGGUCUGGAGAAAGCACAUUUAACUGAUCGACGCCUGCGGAUUGUUUCGGGAUCUGAAAAUACUUUUUUCAGUGUUAACACGAAUAACGGCGCCUUACAGGUUCGUAGGAAAAUUGACAGAGAAGAGCUAUGUCACGGUGGUGGUGCAUGCUUAAUGGAGCUAAAGAUCAUUGUUGAAAGCCCGCUAGAAAUGCACCACGUUGUUGUGGAAGUUACAGAUGUAAAUGAUCACUCCCCAAGUUUCCUAGAUAAACAGCAACAUUUUGAAAUAGCCGAACAUACUGCAGUCGAAACGCGAUUUCAGCUGCAAGCGGCCACUGACCCCGAUGUAGGCGGGAAUUCAAUCCGCACGUACACGUUAUCAUCAAAUGAUUAUUUUGAUAUAGAUGUAAGUCAAAGCGACGAAGACAAAAUACCAUUUUUAGUGCUAAAAAAGCCUCUAGACAGGGAAAAGAGAAAGAAACUUCUGCUGUUAGUAACAGCAAUAGAUGGAGGAAAACCUCCGAGAUCAGCGACACUUAAUGUUUCAGUCACUGUUCUCGAUAUCAAUGACAACCGUCCAUCCUUCAGCCAGGACGUUUACCAAGUACAGAUAUAUGAAAAUGUAUCAGUUGGCACUGUUGUUGCACAAGUUUCUGCAACAGAUCCAGAUGAGGGAAAUAACGGAGAAAUUCAAUACAUUAUUGCUAAGGCGUUGCAACCAAAAAUAUAUGAAACAUUUGAAAUGAACUCAUUAACAGGGGAAAUAAAAUUAAAAGCAAUUCUUGAUUUUGAGGAAUUUGAAAUCUACAAAAUUGACAUUGAAGCAUCAGACAAGGGAACGCCUCCUUUAACAGGGAGGUGCAGAGUGGUUGUGAAGAUUAAAGAUGUAAACGAUAACUCACCAAAGAUAGAUGUCACAUCUUUGUCAAAUACAAUAUCAGAAGAUUCAAAACCGGGAACUACGAUUUCCCUCAUUAGUGUAAAUGAUGAAGACUCUGGUGUUAAUGGAAAGAUUAUUUCACGUAUACUUAAUGAUGUACCUUUUGAAUUGAAGCCAUCCUAUAAAGAAAACAUGUAUUCACUUGUUACAAAAGAACAUUUAGAUAGAGAGAAGGUUUCUCUUUACGAAAUAUUAAUACAAGCCAGUGAUUGCGGUAAUCCACCUUUAUCUACAGUGAAAACACUCAGUGUUCAGGUUUCUGAUGUGAAUGACAACAGUCCUCGUUUCAAGAAAAGUCCAUUGCAGUUUUAUUUAUCAGAAAAUAAUGCCGCUGGGGCAAGCAGUAUUUUCUGUAAGCGCAACAGACAUUGAUAUGAACGAAAAUGCAGCUAUUUCUUAUCAUAU